UGUGGAUUUAAAAAUUCACCAUGGUGGUAACUUUGUGAAAAAACCUAGGCUAGAAUAUUUAAAUGGUAUGUACUUUGAUGAUAAUGUGCAAUUCAAGCUUGGUAUGAUUAGUUAUGCUGUACACACAAAGAGGGAUUUGUUUUGGAAAAAAAAUGGAUUAAAGUAUGUUAGGGUAGAAUGUCUUGGAAAGGGGUGCACUUUUCAUUUAAGUGCAGGUUGGGAAGAAAUAACAAGGUGUUUUCAAGUGAAAUCAAUGAUGUUGGACCAUAGAUGCAACACUGAAUUUACAUUAGGGAUAAUUAGUCAGAAGUGGGUGGAGUGGAAAUAUGAGGAAAAGGUUAGGCAAAAUCCUAGUAUUGGUUAUUCAGAGUUGAGUAGGGCCAUUAAAGAAGAGUUGAACAUCAAUGUCUCAGUGAGCAUGUGUAGAAGGGCAAUAAUUGGGAUCCUUAAGAAGUUGGAUAUAGGGUAUGAGAGUCAGUUCAAGAAGCUUAGAGAUUAUACUCAAGAGUGUCUAAAUUCUAAUCUCGGUUGUACCGUUAAGAUAAAAACUACAAGAACUGUUCCUACAUCACCCUUGGUAUUUGAGAGGAUUUAUGUAUGCUUUAAUGCCAUGAAAAAGGGAUUCUUAGCGGGGUGUAGGAAAUUUAUUGGACUAGAUGGAUGCUUCUUGAAAGGAAAAUUGAAGGGUGAAAUCCUCACAGUUGUUGGUAGGGAUGGGAAUAAUCAGAUGUACCCAAUUGCUUGGGCUGUUGUGGAGAUUGAAAAUAAUUCUUCAUGGAGAUGGUUUUUGGAGCUUCUAAAGGCUAACUUGGAGAUUGUGGACAAUAGUGAAUGGACACUAAUGAGUGAUCAACAAAAGGGAUUAUCCAAUGUGAUACAGAAUUUAUUCCCAGGAGUUCAGCAUAGAAAUUGUGCUAGGCAUGUAUAUGCCAAUUGGAGUAAAAGCUACAGAGGGAAAGUGUUGAAAGGUCAUUUCUGGCAGAUUGCCAAGACACCAAAUGAAGCACAGGUUGCUGAAAAUUUGAGGGCUUUAGAGAAGAUUGAUGCUGUUGCUCGCUUUGGACUUGACAAAUAUCCAAUUCAAAACUGGUGCAAGGCUUACUUCAAAGAAGAUGUCAAGUGUGAUAUGGUAGAUAAUAAUCUAAGUGAGGCAUUCAACAGAACUUUGUUGAGUGCAAGAUCAAAGUUUAUUAUUCCAUUGCUUGAGGACAUACGGGUAGCAACAAUGAAGAGGGUAGCAAAGAAAAAAUCAAUGGCUGAAAAUUGGAGAGGAAAUUACGGGUCAUUGGUGAUGAAGAAACUCAAUGAAAGCAUACUUGGGAGUGCAGGUUGGGAUGUGGCAUUCAAUGGAGCUGAGGGGUAUGAAAUCAAAAAGGGUAUAUUUCAGUUCAAGGUAAAUUUGCAGUUGAUGACUUGUUCUUGUAGGCUUUGGCAAUUGAGUGGUAUUCCAUGCCGUCAUGGCAUUUGUGCAAUAUUCCACAAAGGACAUCAACCUGAAGAUUACAUACAUGAAUGCUAUAGCAAGGAGCUUUACUUGAAGACUUAUGAGCAUGUAAUCCAGCCGGUUAAUGGAGAAAUGUCUUGGCCAAAGACUCAAGGUAAUGAGAUACAUGCUCCUGUUCCAAAGAAGAUGACUGGUAGGCCAAGAAAGAAGAGAAAACUUGAAGAUAAUGAAAAACAAAAGCAGAAAAUCAGUUCAGAGGUUAGGAAAUUGUCAAGAAAAGGAAGAAUUAUGACAUGUCAAUUAUGCAAGGGAAAGGGACAUAAUAAACGAUUUUGUCCUACACUCUCAAGCCAACAAGCUGAAUCUUCCAGUACUUCUGCUAUUAUGGGAAGAGGAAAAGGACCUAUUGCUGCAAGGGGUAGAGGUAGAGGUAGAGGGAGAGGAAGAGGGGCAUGCUUGUCGCAGGAUAACUUAGUUGGAGCUUCAGAUGACGACAAUGAUGUUUUUGGUGUUUUUGUAGAUUACUACCUAGUGUUUUGUGGAUGUUUUGGUGCUGUUUUGGUUAUGCUUUGGAGAUAUUUUGCAACUGUUUUGGUCAUGUUUUGGUGCUAUAUUGGUGUUGUUUUGGUUAGGUUUUGGAGAUAUUUUGCAGCUGUUUUGGUCUUGUUUUGGAGGUAUUUUGGUGCUGUUUUGGUCAGAUUUAUAAACUUGCUACGACCAGCCGUCUUCGGCUAUGGCGCGGCUAGCGGGCCUGGUGUGCCCUAUAGUGUGGUGACGACGCCCCCACUUGGAGGGGGGCGUAGUGUCGAAGGUGUGUAUGUAGAUGGUCAUGGGGGAAGCAUGCUAGUACAAACGUGGGGAUUGUACAGUCGUACAGUCACGUAG